AUGUGGGAUAUCGUUUUGGAAAUAUGUGGUUCUGAUAUAAAUGAAACAAAUUUUAAAAUUACAAAUAAACCAAAAAUUGAAGGAAUCACCUCAGUUUCAUCCAGAGAAGGUGGAAAUGUAACAAUCAAUGGAAUUAAUCUAUAUUCAAGGGCAUUUGAUAAUUCCACAAAUAAACUAUCAGGAUAUCGCAUACAACUGGUCAAAUAUCCGUUAGUUUCUGGUAUUGAAUAUAAUGUAAGUGGAUUGGUAACACUAUUUGGUUAUAAUUUUGGAAGAGAUCUAAACAAAAUAUCCAUAGUAUCUGGAGAAACACAAAUUAAAAUUUCAAAUGUUAACGAUUCGUGUUUGCAAUUUAUGACACCCAAAUUACUUCAUGGACUUCACUAUUUGGAUAUAACUGUUGGAAUACCAGAUCAUCAAAAUAUACAGAAACAAUAUGAAUUUGCUGUUAAACCCGUAAUUUUAAAAAUAAACUCAAUCCCUGUAAGUGGAGGUGAAGUUACAAUAUAUGGCAACUACCUUAGCCCAAGAGCUGCUAUUUCAUUUAGAUCUAAAAGAGGAACUCCAUCAGGUAUUCCAUGUAACAACAUAACCAUAUAUGAAGAUAAUACAAUAUUAAAAUGUAAUGUUAAAGGUAUUUCAGGUCAAGAAAUUAAACUAGAUGGAAUUGGUGAAAGAAAAACCACAUCAGGACACAAUAAUAAUAUUUUUAUGAGAAUUAAAGGUAGAAAUGCAAUAAAUCCAAACAAUAUUACAUUUUCAUUUUACCCACCAACUGUUUAUGGAUCUCCCGGUAAAAGUGAUAAUCUUUAA